AAGAGCUAUGAGCUGAAGUUGAUCUGAGUUCAAGAACAUUGCCACUAGCUACAAGAACAUGGCGUCGCUUUCGUUCCUAUCACUCUUGCGAGUGUUAUAUCACUACAAGAACCUUGUCAAUCGGUUUGUCGGGCUUCAUGCUAUCGUCCUACACCUAGCGCUUCAGAUUGACGGUACGAACGCGGCAACUAAAAGCGACAUACCUGAACAAGACAGACCAGAUGAGAGCGACGUAUCUCCAUCUGUUCGGCAAAUCUUACCUCGUCUAUUACGGUGCGGCGAUCCAGUCUGUCUCAGCACUGUCUCGAACGAUGUUGAGGUUCCUAUUAAGCGUCGGAUCAUAGAGGUGUUCCUGUUAGUGCCGUCUGUUAUGGCUCUCCUAAGGGAGCCAGCCAUAAACGGAACAAACGAACACCAACAGCCUAACUCUAAUCCUACGAGAACGGAAGAUGCUAGUCCGCUUUUUCCUGCAGAUCGCCACUUUCGAAUACUACGCGAGACACUGAGUGUUCCAAAUUAUGUCCUCCACAAGAACAUAGACAUCUAUUUAAGUAUUUCCAGCGUGAUUUCUUUCCACAACAUUUAUUUUUACCGUAGUGAGAUAUUUUUUUGUUUGAAGAGAUAGAAAGAUCUUGGUCUUCUUCGGUUCCAAACAUUUGUUACCGUAGGCAUUUAUGACUGACAAUUGGAGACCUAGCAAAGGCGUCCUCUCCUAUCCUAUUGCAACGAGAUGACAUACUACUUAGAAAAAAUAUUAAGUGACCUGAUACACAAGAGAUGAGAACUCCUCCUUGGAUAGAAUCUCUCCCAAAAAUGAUCUUAGGACGAUGCUCAUUCUCGCACUCAUCAAGUGAAUCACAUGAUAGACAUGAACACUCCCAUUUUCCUUAGUAGGAUAUUAAUGUCGACACAGAUGAGCGCACGAUAACGAUUAUGUUGCCUCUUUCAUACCUGCAGAACUCUUCUCGAGCAAUUGCGGAAGCAAGGAGCAAACACAGCACGUAGUCCUCUGAUUCUUAAUGACACCUUGAUCAACCUAAGCUUUCCAGAUGAGCAUUCUGAACAAACACAGAUAAAACAGCAGAACAUGCAGAGAAAUAGUGGAGGACAUAGUGGGGAGCCACUGGAGGUGGAAGUGGUCGAGCCUUUCCGUCGAGAAUAUCAGUGUCUCUUUUCUCAGUUGUCUAGGAGUGGAACACAGCAAGAUAAUGUUAAAAGAGAUCAUUCAGAAGAGCUAGUUGUACUAGAGAAUGCUGGCACGAGGAGUCGUGACUCCACGGAAUCCCCAAGUGAUCAGCAGAAACGGACGUUUUGUCCUACAUUCGAUGACGCCCCAGUGCCUCUUGCGAACGUGCCUGUCCCGAAACGCAGCCGCCGAUUAUUCAACGAUUGCGCUACUUUUCGUGACCGGAGCACAACAAGUACAUCAGAUGUCUCUUUGACGAGGAUAGAAGCCAGCAAGAGAGUCCAGAGAGCGCACCGACGAAAACAGAAAAAUGGAGAUGGAAUUCAGGCCGUGUCAGUACCAAAUGCUAUGGCUGAAGCUGCUCAUUUUUGAAGUGACUAAGUCGCCCUGGGCGACUUAGUAGCUACUAGUGCUAAAACUAGUACUAGUGACUAAGUCGCCCUGGGCGACUUAGUAGCUACUAGUGCUAAAACUAGUACUAGUGACUAAGUCGCCCUAGGCGACUUAGUAGCUACUAGUGCUAAAACUAGUACUAGUGACUAAGUCUAGGCGACUUGGUAGCUACUAGUGCUAAAACUAGUACUAGUGACUAAGUCUAGGCGACUUAGUAGCUACUAGUGCUAAAUAAACUGGUACUUAGUACUCUUACAAUCACAACUUGGAGGACGAGAGCAUCACAAAAGCCAUCCCUUCUUGAAAUUCCCCAUUAUAGUUUCUGGCCUUUACCCCCCUUCACCCCGUUAAUUGCAGGCCACUUUCUAUCCAACCGCGAAGACGACUGA